AUGGGUUCCACAGACCCGUCCAAGUACAAGUUCAACCACUCUAUGUUGAGGAUCAAAGAUCCAAAAAAGAGUGUCGCCUUCUAUGAACAUCUCGGCAUGAGCGUCGUCAACAAAUUCGAAUUUCCGGACAACAAAUUCGACCUCUACUUCCUCGCCUACGACAGCCCCAAAGCCGCCUCCCACGGCAACCACUGGACGGACCGCGAAGGCAUAAUAGAACUAACCCACAACUACGGCACGGAGAACGACGAAAAUUACAAGGUACACAACGGCAACAAAUCCCCGCAAGGCUUCGGCCACGUCUGCAUCUCCGUCGACAACAUCCAAGCCGCCUGCAAACGCAUCUCGGACGCCGGCUACAAAUUUCAAAAGCGGCUGGAGGAUGGCAGGAUGCGGCAUAUUGCUUUUGCGCUCGACCCGGAUGAGUAUUGGGUGGAGAUUAUUGCGCAGAAUGCUGUUGAUAAGACUGAAGGGGUCAAGGAGACGGAUCUGCAGACUUAUCGCAUGAACCAUACGAUGAUUCGGGUCAAGGAUCAGGAGAAGAGUGUGAAGUUUUAUGAAGAGGUGAUGGGGAUGCAGUUGAAGAGGACUUCGGAGAAUAAGGAGGCGGGGUUCAAUCUUUAUUUUCUGGGUUAUGGGCCGCCGGCUGGGGAGGCGACGGCGAAUGGUGUUAACCCGAGUGCGAGCCGGGAGGGUCUGCUCGAGUUGACGUGGAAUUAUGGGACGGAGAAGAAGGAGGGUAAGGUGUAUCAUGAUGGCAACAGUGAGCCGCAAGGCUUCGGACAUAUCUGUGUCUCGGUUGACGAUCUCGAUGCCGCAUGCAAGCGUUUCGAAGAGAAGAACGUUGAGUGGAAGAAGAGAUUGACAGACGGCAGGAUGAAGAAUGUGGCUUUUGUGCUUGAUCCCGAUGGUUACUGGAUCGAGGUCAUUCAGAAUGAGAAGUACAAGGAGGCGCCUGGCAAGUACUAG